UCCCAGGGUAGAAGCUUGGCUGGUGAGAGCUCUCUGGCAGUUUGGGGUCUGUGGACGCGUGUGUUCUGCUGCGUUUCAUAACCUAACAAGCAAGAUUUCGCUGAAGGUCAGCGUACAUGUGUGAAAUUUAUGUCCACUCCAUGCUUCCAUAUUUUCAAUAUUAAUGGCAAUUAAACAGAUAACUUUUCAAAUUUUUUUAGGGGCCAGUGUCUGUGAACAAGCAGUAAGUUCUUAAAAAGAGAGUCCCGUGUGAGGGUGCCUUUUCUCCAUGUCGUAGAUCAUUUGCAGUUUCUUCGUUUGUGAGCUGGAGCUGAUCGUCUUUUGCCUGUCAGAGUUGUUUCAGAGCCUGGAGAUUCUGUGUCUUGAGUGCGCGGUGCUGUGUGGCGGGAAGCCGCACCGUGAGGCCAGAGUCGUCAUUCCCGGGUGUGUUUGUUGGCGGCUGGUGGCUGUCGCCCUCAGUCCCAAGCCUGGAGAGGCUUCCUUUGUUCUCCUGGAGCUGUCUGCAAUAAGGACUUUUUGUUUGUUUCAUCAGUGGAUGUGAGGCCCUGAUGAGUCUUAAAACCAAAGUGAAAAUCAUAGGCCGUUAAGAUCAAAAUGUCGUCAUGGAAUUUUUUCUGACCAGUGACGUUAAGAUACUCUGCUUCGGUUUUCUCUAGAGUUUGAGCUCCAACUCGGAACCACCGUGUUUCUGUGCUUCAGAGCGAGCGGUUUUCCGUUCAAAGUCCGUCACCAACUUAGACGUUACAGAAAUUUGGCAUUGUGAAUUUUUAUCUUUUUGAUAGCUUCAUUCAGGUAUACUUGACAGACAGUAAACUGUACUUUUUUUACAGUGUUCAGUUUGACAAGAUUGAGCAUGUGUUCACCUGUCAAACCAUUACUGCAGUUGAGGUAGUGAACAUAUCCAUCACCCCGGAGGUUUCCAUUGUGUAAAUCCCUCCCUCCCUCCUGCCUGCCCCAUGCCGGGCCACCACCGCCUGCCCUCUGGUGCUGCCGCUCACCCCACUCUCAGUGAACUCGAAUUUCGUACAGACGGGUCCUCUGGUCUGUGCACCGGUUUGGUCUAGCUUUCUUCACUCAGCAAAAUUAUUCUGAGAAACAUGGAUAUUAUAUGUUUCUAUAUAGGUUAGGUUUUCAGAAUUAACUCUAGUCUUGAGUUCCUAGAUGGGAAACACUACUUCUUUGAAAACUGUUGCCUUGUUUUUAGUUCGGUUGAGAAAUCCCUUGAAUGAGGGCCUUCAUGCCAAUCUUGGCCCGUUGCUGCGCUGUGUGGCCCUGCUGAAGGCAGCCCGGCCGACUCCUGCUUGGGUGAAGAGCCUCUUCCUCUUUAGUGAGAGUGCUUCAGGCUCCUAACAGGUGUGUCAUGUUCCAUAUCUUGUUAGUGCUGGAGUGCUUUGCAGCUAGACAGUGAAUAUUGAAUGUUGUCUUGUGUUUGCUUGAAAGGGGUCAUAUGUCCAGUGGUAAUGCCAUAAUUACUAACUUAUUUUCCUUUCCAGAUCCUUUCCGGGAGCUUUCCAGGAGUUCAGUUAUGGGCGUGAGAGGUUUGCAGGGAUUUGUGGUCAGUACCUGCCCCCACGUAUGUACGGUGGUGAGUUUCAAAGAGCUGGCGGAGCACCACCGAAACAAGCACCCUGGAAGUACUCCUACCAUUGUGGUCGAUGCCAUGUGUUGUCUCAGAUACUGGUAUACUCCCGAAUCUUGGAUCUGCGGUGGCCAGUGGCGGGAAUACUUUUCUGCUUUGCGGGAUUUUGUCAAGACUUUUACAGCUGUUGGCAUCAAGUUGGUAUUCUUCUUUGAUGGUAUGGUGGAGCAGGAGAAGAGAGACGAGUGGGUGAAACGGAGGCUCAAGAACAAUAGGGAGAUCUCCAGGAUUUUCCACUAUAUCAAGUCACACAGGGAGCAGCCAGGCAGAAACAUGUUCUUCAUCCCAUCGGGGCUGGCCAUCUUCACACGAUUUGCUUUGAAGACCCUGGGUCAGGAAACCCUGUGUUCCUUACAGGAGGCUGAUUAUGAGGUGGCCUCUUACGGCCUCCGGAAUAACUGUCUUGGGAUUCUUGGAGAAGACACUGACUACUUAAUUUAUGACACUUGUCCCUACUUUUCAAUUGGUGACCUCUGCCUGGAGAGUCUUAGUACUGUCAUGCUCUGUAGAGAGAAGCUCUGUGAGAGUCUGGCUAUCAGCCUAGCAGACCUUCCUCUUCUGGCCUGCCUACUUGGCAAUGACAUAAUCCCAGAGGGCAUGUUUGAGAGCUUUCGGUACAAAUGCUUGUCUUCGUACACCUCUCUCAAGGAGAACUUUGACAAAAAGGGUAACAUUAUUUUAGCUGUAGCAGACCAUAUCGCUAAAGUUCUUCACUUGCAUCAGGGUGAGAAAAAGCUGGAAGAGAUGUUACCUUUGGGACCAAACAAAGCUCUUUUUUAUAAGGGUGUGGCAUCCUAUCUUUUGCCAGGACAGAAAUCUCCGUGGUUUUUCCAAAAACCCAAGGGUUUAAUAACUUUACACAAGCAGGUGGUAUCCAUGAGUUCAGACCCUGAACCCAAGCAAGGAGUUCCCAUGUGUGCGGACCCUGAACCCAAGCAAGGAGUUCCCAUGUGUGCGGACCCUGAACCCAAGCAAGGAGUUCCCAUGUGUGUGGACCCUGAACCCAAGCAAGGAGUUCCCAUGUGUGCAGACCCUGAACCCAAGCAAGGAGUUCCCAUGUGUGUGGACCCUGAACCCAAGCAAGGAGUUCCCAUUUGUAUAGAUCCUGAAUCUAGGCAAGGAGUUCCCAUAUAUGCAUACACUGUAGUCAAGCAAAAGUUACCUCUAGGGGCAGAUCCUGAAUUUAAACUGGAAGCACCCAUGUGUACAGACCCUGCAAUUAAACAAGACCGCAUGCAUAUGGAGCCUGAAGUCAAACAAGUAACUAUGGUUUCAGACCCUGAAAUCUUAAAGGUUGCUAGAGCGCAUCACGUCCAGGCCGAGAGCUACCUGGUGUACAACAUCAUGAGCAGUGGGGAGAUCGAGUGCAGCAACACCCUGGAGGACGCCCUGGACCAGGCCCUGCCCAGCCAGGCCUUCGUCUACCGCCCCGUGCGGCAGCGCGUGUACGCCCUCCUGCUGGGGGACGGCAGAGAUGGCGCCAGCCCCUGCCCCACCGUCAAGGAGUGGUUCGUGUACUCUGGGAACCCGCUGAGGCACCCGGACCUCGUCAGGCCUCUGCAGAUGAACAUUCCAGGGGGCACACCUAAUUUGAAAUCGCUGUGGCUGACCCAGGAGCCAGGAGUACAGGGCCGGCGCUUGGACGCCCUCCUCGGCUGUUUCGACCUCUCCUCCUCCAGAGAAGAGCUGCAGGCGGUGGAAGACCCCUUCAAGGCACUGUGCUGCCUCUUGAUCUACCUCUUCGUGCAGGUGGACACUCUUUGCCUGGAGGAUCUGCAUGCUUUCAUUGCUCAGGCCUUGUGCCUCCAAGGAAAGUCAACGGUGCAGCUUGUGGACCUGCAGCUUGACUACAUCGACCCCCGAGCCGUGCAGCUUGGCUCCCUCCUGGUCCGUGGCCUCACCACUCUGGUCUUGGUCAACAGUGCGUGCGGCUUCCCCUGGAGGACGAGUGACUUCAUGCCCUGGAACGUGUUUGACGGGAAGCUGUUCCAUCAGAAGUACCUGCAGGCGGAGAAGGGGCACAGCGUGGAGGCGCUUGUGGAGCAGAACAGGUCCCGGCUGACCAAGUUCCACGCUCUGAAGUCGGUCGUGUGCAAGGCGUGCGUGAAGGAGAGCAGACGCAUCGUCAGCCGGCAGCACCGGGGAUCUCAUGUCCCCACAGGCAGGUGGGGGAGGCAGGGAUCCGGCUCCCACAGGACGAGCUCUGGGUACAGCCGAGCAGGCCACGGACAGCACUGGAGGGACCAGGGAGCAGGAAAUAGACAAUAUGAACCUGACCAUUGGAGGAGAUACUCAUCCUCUUCUGGGUGGCCCAACUGAGGCGCGCUGGAGCAGGACCAACCCUCGCGGUCGAAGAGCGUGUUGUUUCAAAGCGUGGACGUUCCUCACAAGGCCUCUUGUGUUCUGAUGCUCCUCUGUGCUGUGAGCUUGCUGCUAGAACAAGGAAAGAAGACCCGCUUCUUUGCCCCGUGCUGCGUUUGGACCCGGCGUUGCAGCUCUGCAGCUGGAAGAGCCGCAGGCAGCUGACCGCGUGCAGCUGGGUUUCCUGCAGGCUCGGCGCUGGCGUCUUCAUGCCAGGCUUCUGCCGAGUUCAGCAGUUGCCCAGCCUAAGUCUGCAUACGCCCUUGAAAAAUACGUGGUCCCUGUGCCCGUCGCUGCUGUUGCUCCAGAGCGACUUACAUUCCUGCACGUGUGUGUCCGCAUCCUCCUGCUCUGAGCUCUCCUAAUGCAGCCUGCCUUCCACGAUGUCAUGUCAAUAAAGUGAAACUUGGUGAU